CCAGCCAUAUAAAAGUGAACCCCGCCAGAGGGGUCGGUAGUCAGUCAGCCCACAAGAUGCCAUCGAGUCAGUGUCUACUGCAGCUGCAGCUGUUCCUCAGCGUACUGCUCCUUACCACCGCUCAAAGGAUACCAGUUCGAGUUCCACCCAAGGAUCUACAAGUGCCCAAUUUCGGAGGAGAAAGCUUCGAGAGAUUCGGCAGUGCGGGAUCUACAUCGAGUAGUAGCAGCAGUGAAAGCAGUCAGGAAACCAGUGACGAAAUGAGGGAGCAACUUAAGCAACUUCUGGGUGACCAACUGGCGAAUGCCUUUGCCCCAUUGGCCACUACACCCUUUACCCAAAGGCAACCUGGAAUUGUGGCGCCUCCAUCUGGAGCAGCAGCUCGUUCGCAGUUCGCCAACGAUUCGGAUCCUGAUCAGGAUCAGGAACAGGAUCCAGAACAGGAUGCAAAUGAAGAGGAGUCACCCGAGGAAGAUGCCGAAGAAGAGGAGGAGGAAGAGGAGCAGACCACGCCACAACCUCCACCACAGCCACUGCCACCACCUUUGCCACAGCCAGGGGGCGUUGGAGAGGAACUGACUGGCGGUCAGGUGGGGGAGGAGGAGAUUGAGGACUAUAAUGCCUGGCGCGAUAAUUUCUAUGACCUCAACGAAGACGGCAGCUACAUCUUUGGUUACUCUAUUCCCCAUGGCGUUCGUCGCUGGGAGAAGGGUUACUUUUCAGAGGAGCAUCAUGGCCAGGUGGUGGAAGGUUUCUAUGUCCAGCCUCGUCACGAUUUACAGGGUCUGCGCUAUGAGCUGCGAUGCUACAGGGCCGAUUCGAAUGGCUAUCAGCCAUUGCCAGUGGAGUUUCUGAGGAUACCGCCAAUUGUGAGGCGCGAUGAGGUGCCCCGAGUUAAUUGCUUCCACAAUAGCCAAGGAUAA